UAUCUUAUUCUUCUUCUUUCUUCUUCUCCUUCCAUCAUUACCCCUUAAACGAUAAACCACGGCCACAUCCUCCUCUGAAACCCUAGCCACGUCAAAUCGCCGCCUUCUCUUCCAUCUUCUAACCUCGGUUUUGCUUAUCAGAUUUUGAUGAAACCAGAUCGGGUCUACCUCUAGAUCCGUUCUAGGUUUAUCUUGGAGUUAUCACCGUCUUUAUCAAUCCUCAUCAUCAUCAUCCUCAUCAAUCCAGAUGCUCCUCAGAUUCUUCAUCAUCAUUGAUAGACAUGUCUCUGUUUCUGAAAGACGAUUCUAUCCAAAUCCGCGAAGUCUGGAACGAUAACCUCGAAGAAGAAAUGGAUCUGAUCCGAGACGUCGUCGACGAUUUCCCUUACGUCGCCAUGGACACUGAGUUCCCAGGUAUCGUCGUCCGACCUGUCGGUACUUUCAAAUCCAACGCCGAUUACCACUACGAGACCUUAAAGACCAACGUCAACAUCCUCAAAAUGAUUCAGCUCGGCCUCACCUUCUCCAACGAGCAAGGUGACCUCCCCACCUGUGGUACCGACAAGUACUGCAUCUGGCAGUUCAAUUUCCGAGAAUUCGACCUCGAUUCCGAUAUCUUCGCUGUAGAUUCCAUCGAGCUUCUCAAACAAUCAGGCAUCGAUUUGGCGAAGAACACGCAAGACGGGAUCGAUUCCAAGAGAUUCGCUGAGCUCCUCAUGUCCUCAGGGAUUGUGUUGAACGAAAACGUGCAUUGGGUCACGUUUCACAGCGGAUACGAUUUCGGAUACUUGCUAAAGCUGUUGACUUGCCAGAACCUGCCUGAUUCGCAGACAGACUUCUUCAAGCUGAUCAAUGUUUAUUUCCCGACGGUGUACGACAUUAAACACUUGAUGAAGUUCUGUAACAGCCUUCACGGUGGUCUGAACAAACUUGCUGAGUUGCUUGAAGUUGAGAGAGUUGGGAUAUGUCACCAAGCUGGUUCGGAUAGUUUGCUCACGUCUUGUACUUUCAGAAAGCUCAAGGAGAAUUUCUUCGUUGGUCCUUUGCAGAAAUAUUCUGGUGUUUUGUAUGGAUUAGGUGUUGAAAAUGGUCAGGUUGCUAUCUAAACAAAAAGAAAUAUGAAAUCACAAUAAAUAAAUAAAAUUCCUUAUAAACUAUUAUCUCUCUUCUUCUUCUU